UUUUGAAUGGUAGGUGACACUCUUGUCAAAGUCUAACACCAAGCUUCAUUGCUGAAUACACCAGUUUUUUGAAGUUAUUUGGUACAUUUCAGCUGGCUUGAUGGGAGUUUGGGCAUUCUUCUCUUUUAUGGUAACAUGCUUGUUUGUUCUCUUUCAAACCAAUACUUGCAUGGCCCUUUCAAUAGCUAUUGGCAGAUUAAAACCUGGUUUUCAGGUUGCUCAGUUGCAAUUCAUAGAUGAUGGUGGGACGUUUCUUUGUUCAAACAACUCCAUUUUUUGUUUGGGCUUUAUCACCUCUGACAAAGAUUACACCACAUUUGUACUUGGUAUAUUCCACUUGAGCACUUCAAGAAAAAUUUGGUCUGCAAAUAGAGCCACUCCAGUUAGAAAUUCUGAUAAGUUUGUGUUUGAAGAUGGUGGGAAUGCUAUUUUGCAAAUUGGAGGGUCUGUGAUAUGGUCUACAAAUACGUCGAAUAAAGGGGUUUAUGCCAUGGAAAUGCAGGACUCUGGAAAUCUGAUUUUGUUGGGGAAGGAUAGUAAAAUUGUCUGGCAAAGCUUCGAUCAUCCGACAGAUACCCUUUUGUCUAACCAGAAAUUUAGUGAAGGCAUGAAACUUGUAAGUAAUCCUAGCACAAGUAAUUUGACCUUUUUUCUUGAAAUGAAGUCUGGAGAUAUGGUCCUUUAUGCAAAUUUUGGAAAUCCACAGCCGUAUUGGUCCAUCAGGCAAGAUGAUAGAAAAAUUAUUCAAAAGAAUGGUCAGAAUGUCAGUGCAGCAUAUCUUAUUGGUAACUCAUGGAGGUUUUAUGACAAGAGCAGAAUAGUGUUUUGGCAACUAAUUAUCUCUGGAGAGAGUGAUACAAAUUCUACUUUGGUUGCAACUUUAGGAGAUGAUGGAUAUAUCACUUUCUUUAAUCUUGAAAGUCAAAAUUUCGAUGAUGGUUUUUCUGUUUUGAAAAUACCAGCUAAUUCAUGCAGUAGACCUGAAUCAUGUAAUCCGUAUAAGAUAUGUUAUCAUGGUAAUAUUAAUGAUAUCUGUGGUUGCCUUUCAGUGCUCAAUUCCACGGACAAUUGCAGACCUGGUAUAGUUUCUCCUUGCAAGGAGUCACAUGGUUCUACAGAGCUGAUAGAUGCUGGAAAUGGGCUGAGCUAUUUUGCGCUUGGCCUUGUUGCACCCUCAUCCAAAACCAGCUUAGAUGGCUGCAAAACUUCUUGUCUUGCUAACUGCUCAUGCCUUGCUAUGUUUUUUGAGGAGAAGUCCCAAAAUUGCUUUCAUUUUGAUAAUGUAGGAAGUUUGAAAGCUUCAGGUGAUGGAAGUGACUUUGUUUCAUACAUAAAGGUCUCGAGGAAUGGAGGCAAUCUGAGGGGGCAUAGAGGCAGCAAGAAAAAAAUUCUGCUUGUCGCCAUAAUACUCACGGUAACAACGUUGAUUAUUGGUGUUGUACUUUAUGGAAUAAGGCAUUACUACCAAAAACAGAACAGUAUCCAAGUGGAGUCUCCUCGAGAAACUGAAGAAAAAAAUUUCUUGGAGAACAUAUCUGGAAUGCCAAUCCGAUUCAGUCACUAUGAUCUCCAAGUUGCUACCAACAACUUCAGUAGGAAACUAGGGCAAGGAGGUUUUGGAUCAGUUUAUGAAGGUGUUUUAUCAGAUGGAACCCGAGUGGCUGUGAAGCAAUUGGAAGGCAUUGGUCAAGGAAAAAAAGAAUUCCGAGCUGAAGUAAGCAGUAUUGGCAGCAUUCAUCAUCACCACCUGGUAAGGCUUAAAGGCUUCUGCGCUGAAGAUUCCCACCGGCUCCUUGUAUAUGAAUACAUGGCAAAUGGUUCCCUGGAAAAAUGGAUCUUUAGUAAGCACAAUGGAGAUGUGUUGGACUGGGACACAAGAUUUGCUAUUGCUAUAGGCACCGCGAGAGGGUUAGCUUAUCUUCAUGAGAAUUGUGAAGUGAAAAUUGUGCAUUGUGAUAUUAAACCUGAAAAUGUGCUCCUAGAUGAAAACUUUCAUGCUAAAGUUGCGGACUUUGGUCUUGCCAAGCUAAUGAGCAGAGAGCAGAGCCAUGUUUUCACAACACUACGGGGAACAAGGGGUUACCUUGCACCAGAGUGGAUCACAAACUCUGCAAUAUCAGAAAAAAGUGAUGUCUAUAGCUAUGGAAUGUUACUUCUUGAGAUCAUUGGCGGUAGAAGAAACUACUACGCAUCUGAAACAGAUGAACAAUGCAACUUUCCUUCAUACGCUUUUGAGAUGAUGGAGCAAGGUAAAGUUAGGGACAUUGUUGAUGCCAAACUAAGAAUAACUCUAGAUGAUGAGAGAGUGUCUAUAGCAAUUAAGGUUGCUCUAUGGUGUAUACAACAUAACAUGCACCUUAGACCAUCAAUGACAAAAGUAGUCAAAAUGCUCGAACAAGUGUCUUUUGUUCCUCCACCUCCUUCUUCCCAGCAGAUGAACUCUUCAGAGCCAUUAGAUCUCAAUAGUUGUGCUGAUCUUUCAGCCGUGAGGCUUUCAGGACCAAGAUAGCAGCUGAUAUUAUAUGUGUAUCUGGUAUGUUACUAAAUAUCUUGUACUACUCAACUCACUUAAAUAUAUUGUUAAAUGAUUCAUGCUUAUAUGUCAUUUCCUCAAAAUUGAUAAAUUGAUACAC